AUGAGGGACAUCAAGAGCCUCGUGCCUACAGCGCAGCAGGUCAGGGAGCACAUUCCUACAGCGCGCCAGGUGAAGGACCGCUUCACGACUGUUUCGGCAUGGCAAUUGCCAAAGCAGAAGUCCGCUCUGGCCCCAGAGUAUGUCUGGACCAACGAGGAUAUGGAUCCUGUCCCGGUCGAGAACCAGACUUGGACAAUGUGGACUUGGAUGGCGUAUUGGGCCACUGAUACCAUCAAUUUGGGUACCUGGGAGACAGCUUCGGCCAUUCUCGCGGUUGGUUUGAGUUGGAGAGAGGCCAUUCCUGCUAUCACUGUGGGGACAACAUGUGUCGCUAUCCCUAUGGUUCUGAAUGGUGCCAUCGGUGCAAAACUCCACAUCCCAUUCUCGGUCGCCAUUCGAUCUUCCUUCGGGUAUUAUCUAGCAUACUUCUGCAUCGCCUCUCGUGCUAUUCUCGCCAUGUUCUGGCUCGGUAUUCAAAGUUUUAACGGGUCUCAAUGUAUGACCAUCAUGAUUCAGGCUAUUUGGCCUUCAUACGCAAAUGUUCCGAACCAUAUUGCUGCGGGCCAAGGUAUCACGACACAGGGAAUGGUCAGUUACUUCCUCUUCUGGAUUAUCCAGUUGCCUCUUCUCUUGAUCCCUCCUACACGUCUCAGAUAUCUCUUCCUCGUUAAGAUGUUCGCCGCCCCUAUCACAGCUCUCGCGACCAUGGGAUGGUGUGUCCACAAAGCCGGAGGAUCGGGUGAGAUCUUCUCUAUGAAAUCCACAGUUACUGGAAGUACAAGGGCAUACCUUUUCCUGAGCUCCAUGUCGUCGGUCACAGGUUCCUGGGCAACACUCGCCUGUAACAUCCCCGAUUUCUCCCGUUACGCCAAAGAAAGCAGGGGACAAUUCAUCCAGCUGCCCUUCCUCCCCGCCAUCUUCACCGUCUGCGCCGUCAUCGGUAUCGUGACGACUUCCGCCACUACCGUAGUCUUUGGUGAGGCCCUGUGGAAUCCCCUGGACAUCAUCGCCAGAUGGAUGGAAUCUGGUCACGGUGGAAGAGCUGCUGCCUUCUUCGCCGCGGCUUCCUGGUACAUUGCCCAAGUCGGUACCAACAUCACUGCAAACUCGAUCUCCGCCGCCAACGAUUUGACUGUCCUCUUCCCUCGCUAUAUAAAUAUCAAGCGCGGAUGCAUAAUCGCCGCUGUUGUCGGCGGUUGGGUCAUCGUGCCAUGGAAGAUCUUAUCUUCCGCCCAAACCUUCCUCUCUUUCAUGGGUGGAUACGCCGUCUUCCUUGCGCCCAUCGCUGGCAUCCUCGCGUCUGACUACUGGCUCGUCAAGAAACAAAAAAUUGACGUCCCAGCUCUCUACGAUCCGCGAGGCCGAUAUAGAUAUUGGUAUGGCGUCAACUGGCGAGCUCUUCUCGCUUUCCUCGUCGCUGUCUGCCCCAAUCUCCCGGGCCUCGCAUAUUCCAUUGACCAAUCGUCAUCUGGUGGCGGAGACAGCGUCCACAUCUCGAAGGGUGCACAGAAUCUUUAUACCUUCGAUUGGUUGUAUGGUUUCGUGUCCAGCAUCUUCGUGUACACGGUCCUUUCGCUACUUUUCCCGGCUGCGGAGUCUUUAGUCAUGACUACAGUCUAUGGCCAUGAUAUCACAGAUGGCAUCACGGCGUCAGACGCCGAGGGCUCUCUACCACAGGAGAACGAGAAGGGAAUAAGUGAGAAGAAUGCUAUAACUACAUCUGUGGAGUAG